GGCUGUGAUUCAUAUCGAAUUGGGCGCCACAUGAACUGAGCUUCUUCUGCCAUUGGCUGUUGACACCCUAAAGGAUUUUCUCUGCUCUUUGGAUAAGAUUAAAUUGAUUCUGUUUGUGUUGUUUAAUUGUGGUCUCUUUUGAUCUGUUGGCGAUUAACUGUCAUUGGUAAUUAAUUUCGUGUGCCCCGAUCAAUGGCUUCUACGAGCUACUCUGUGUCUCAAGCUCCUGACACUGAGAUGAAAGGAACUUUGUGUAAAUGGGCCAAUUACAUGAGAGGGUAUCAAAAGAGAUGGUUUGUCUUAUCAAAAGGGCUUUUGUCAUAUUACAGCUCUGAAGCUGAGGUAUCUCAGAAUUGCCGAGGAUCAAUCAAGUUGGCAUCCGCAAUCAUUUAUAAACAAGAUAAUAUACGUUUUGUGGUUCAAAAUGGUGAUCAAGUUUUCCACUUAAAGGCUAAGAAUGAACAACAAAGGCAAAAUUGGAUGACAGCUUUACAAUGUUCUAAAAUGCUGGCUAAUCGUCUUCAAGAAUCAGAAGAUGAAUAUUAUCAGAAACACAUUAUCAAUUCUAAAAAAACUGAUCGCUCUCUUCAAUUUUUAGAACCUUUGACUGCUAAACUCAAUGAUUUAACAAAUUUCAACGAGCUCAUCAUUAAACAUGGAAGCGCCUUACACAAGUCUCUUGUUGCCUUGGAGUCUAUUGAAAAUCCCGCUGAGGCUAUUAAACACUGCAAAAGUAUAAAUGAGAAAUCAACAGUUUUCCGUGUAACUACCAUUCCAAUGUUGAAACAUUGUGACGACUUUGUGACACUUGCGAGAACAGCAACCAAGAAAAUGGAAAAACUUUUAAACCAUGAAAGGGAAGCUCGUACCAGUUUGGAGGUUGUUUGUGCUCAAUUGGCCAAACAGUAUUCACAACUCGAAGAAAGAGUCCAAAAAGAGUAUGCUAAUAAGAACAACACUGGUGGUGUUAGCUCAGAUGAAGAUGAAUUUUUCGAAGAUGCUGUAACUGAUUUCGAGGUUCCUGUGCCUGGUAAAGCUCUGCGAGCGAGUAGCCAGGAUUAUAGUGAAAACAAUUGUGAAACAGUUUCUAAUUAUCAUGAUGAUUCGUCUGGUGGAGAUGAUUUACUCAGUGACGAAGAAACAGAGGACUCUCCAACUUCUGCUUCAGCCAUUGGGGUGAGAGUGAGAAAGAAUAAACAGAAAAGUUUGAUAACGAAUGAAGAAUCUAAUGUGGAUGCUUCAACAAGCAUAGAGAAAACUCUAGCUGAUAAUGAUUCAGUUAAAUCAACAAGUGUUCCAGGCACACCAAGUAGUGUCGUAGUGAAGGAAUUUGGCUUUGAUGAAGACUUAAAACCACCAACAUUAGAUCCUAAACGUCGUACAAAGAUACCUGAAAGACCGAAUCAAAGUUUAAAUUUAUGGUCUUUCAUGAAGAACUGUAUUGGUAAAGAGUUGACGAAAAUUCCUAUGCCUGUUAACUUUAAUGAGCCUCUGUCAAUGUUACAACGAUUAACCGAAGACUUUGACUAUGCUCAUUUACUCCAUAAAGCAGCAACAAUCAGCGAUAGUUGUGAUCAAUUAGUUUAUGUCGCUGCAUUUUGUGUCUCCAGUUAUGCAUGUACAGGUAUCAGACUGAACAAACCAUUUAAUCCUCUUCUAGGAGAAACUUAUGAAUGUGAUAGAACAUCUGAUUUGGGAUGGAAGAGUAUAACCGAGCAGGUGAGCCACCACCCCCCUAUGUUAGCACUUCAUUGUGAAGGUAAAGGUUGGAAAUGCUGGAGUGAAUUUGGUUUAUCAAGUAAAUUUCGAGGAAAGUAUUUACAAGUGAAUCCAGUGGACAUAAGUCACCUCGAGUUUCCAGAGCAUGGUUAUCAUUAUACUUGGCACAAAGUCACUACAACCAUUCACAACAUUAUCGUUGGUAAACUUUGGGUGGAUAAUCAUGGAGAUAUGGUGAUUACUAAUCACACAACUGGUGAUAGAUGCCUCUUGAAAUUCAUACCUUAUAGUUACUUUUCACGAGAUAUUCCUAGAAAGGUAACUGGUAGUAUUAUUGACGCUCAAGGUGAACCACGUUGGGUUAUACAAGGGACAUGGGACAAUCGAAUCGAAGCAGCCCAAGUACAUCAUAAACGACGAUCUCAAAAGGGAAAGUCAAUCUAUGAAACAACAUCACCCAAAGUGGUCUGGCAAAGGAUUUAUCCUCCGUCUGAAUAUGAAAGAAUGUAUAAUUUAACUGCUUUAGCUAUUCAAUUGAAUGAACCAGAAGAAGGAGUAGCUCCAACCGAUAGUCGACUCAGACCAGAUCAACGAUUAAUGGAAGAAGGUAAAUGGGAUGAGGCUAAUCAAGUGAAAGGAUUACUGGAAGAAAAACAAAGAUCGACCCGGAGAAAGAGAGAGGAAGAAGCUGCUACUAAUCCAGAAGCUGAAGUUUCUUAUGCACCAUCUUGGUUCAAGCUUCAAAUCGACCCGAUUACGAAUAAUCCAGUCCAUGUUUAUAACGGUGAUUAUUGGCAGUGCAAACAGAAACAAGAUUGGUCUCGGUGUCCAGUGAUAUUUAAUUGUGAUAAAGAAAAUGACUUAAAGUCAGUAUCAGCAAUAGGAACAAGUGAAUAAGAUUAAAUCAGUUGAUCAACAAAGUUAUUUUUGACUUAAUGUGCCUAUUGAUGCUUACCCAAUGACCGUGACUACUUUUCUGCUCAUCAAAUUAAGACAUCAAGAGUAGCGUAACACAUUAGAUUACCGAUUAAUGGAUCUUUGUUUUCUAAUUGCCUACCAAUGCUUUCAUAACAUCUACAAAUUUUUACGCAUUUCAUCGGCUAGAAGAUUUAAUUCAAGAAGCGAUUGUUGAUUUCUAAUAUCAGACAUAAUUAUUUACCUUUAAUUCGGGCGUUUUUGAACUUUAUUUGAGCAGUUCUUUGCUAUCAAGUUUCUCAAUUUAUUGAUCCAAUCAUGCGAUAAAUUUAGCGAUGAAACACCAAACAUUCACUUGGACUGAAGAUUUGAUCCAAUAUUCUUCUAACUUUGCCACAUCUUCAGAAAAGUUGGUUGAGUUGAAACGACUCACAAAUGUACCAAUCGAUUAUACUCUUGAAAUGAGUUUCAAUGCUUCAUGGAUUAUAACUCAUUGAAUAUUUAUUUUAAUGGUUAGAUUAUUUAUAUUUAUUUGUCUUGGGAUCAAGUCUCUCUUAAUUUUUUAAAUUGCUGUGAUUCUUCAUUUCUAAGCAUUUCUAAUUGUUGCUGUUAUGGAUCCUAGUUUCAAUACCACGAUGAAGUUAUAAUAUUUUACUGAAUCGUGAUUCAAGAAAUCGAAUCAUUUCCAGACCAACAUUGGACUAAUUGUUAUAAAAGAUGAAAGGAUUAAGAAAACCAACAUACAUUCUCAUGUUGAUCUUAAGAUGAUCUUUGAUUGAAAAUAUCUUCUGUGCAAGGAAACAUCUAGUCUCACUAAUAUGUUUUUCUUAAUUAUAUAAUUUAUUGUACCUUCUGCAUCCUUUAAUUCAAAUCGCUUUGAUUACUGUUUUUUUAAUUCAAACAAAAACCUCAAGAAAUAUUAAAAUUAAUAGUUGUAUAAGA